CUAUAGUGAAAGGGCAAUUGUGUAAGUUGAUGUCUGAUAUCUUGUGUAUAAAUACAAACACACGAGGGAUUACCCUUUCACAGAAUCCACUGAAGUUCUAUUAUUAUCCAACCAAGAUGUCAGAUAGCUCACCCCAAGACAAGUCAUUUUCAGAAUACUCCCACGCUCAUCCUAACACUUCAUCAUCAUCAUCAUCAUCUUCUUCUUCUUCUUCUUCGGUUAUGAAGCUUUUUGGUUUUCCAGUUACAGAGGCUGAUGAAGCUCCGCUUACACCUUCCAAUGACGCUGACAUAAGAAAAUUUGAGUGUCAGUACUGUCGCCGUGAGUUCGCCAAUUCUCAAGCCCUUGGUGGCCACCAGAAUGCCCACAAGAAGGAGAGGCAAAGAGCGAAGCGAGCCCAGUUUCAGACCGAUCACCAUCGGCGGUUCGCCGCUGCGGUCCCCAUUCUCACUGCGCAUGCAGUGCGAUCAGGGCCGUUCAUUUGCGCUGGUGGGUCGUCUAGCAUGGGCUCCGCCGCGCGGUUCCGGUCGUCGCCGGAGUGCUGCGUGUGGUCCCCGGGACCACAGCCGAUGCUGCCGGCUCCGUCUGCGGGAGUUCCGUAUUGCUUUUACGUGGGACGGCCGCAGGGCCGGCCUAUGUCGGUCGGCCCCGGCGAGUUGGGCCACGGAGGUGGUGAAGUGAGUGAAAGAGCUGACGUGGAUCUCCAUCUAAGACUCGCGCCUUCAUCGUCCUCAUGAUGCACAUGUGAAAGAAGUAAACGACGUCGCUUCCAUAUUUGACCAACGUCUGGUUGGACCAACUGCGCGACCUGCGAAGACUAGCCGAGGAAACUGUUUUCAUUUCUUUUAUGUAUUUGUUUAUUUGUCUUUGAUCAUAAUAUCGUAGAUGUUCAGUGAGUGCGAUGCUUUUUUUCUUUCCUAAGAAUUUGAUUGGAUUUUCCGAUCUGGUAAAUAAUGUGAUUAUUAUUCUAUAAUUUUUGUA